AUUAAUUAAUAUUAUUGCACAGUAGAUUUAAUAUGCGCUUGAUGAGUUUAUUUUUAUCAAUGCACGUCAAAGCAAUUGUCAAAUUAUCCUCGCGUGUCUGAAAAACACAAACGAAUCAACGUCAAAGGAGCCUGUCUAUCAUCACCGUCUUCGCAGUCCAGUGCUCACGUGAGUCCGGUAAGAGAAAGUCAAACGCGUUAGUUCGGUGGACACCGGUCGGAGCCCGCGCUGGCUCCUGUUGCCACAGCAACCACUGAGGAGAAAUCCGUGCAGCUUCUGAUGCUGUAGCAUUACCGCAAUGAGGGGGAUGUAGCAGUUGUGGUCAGACAGAUGGGACCUCAAGAUUGACUGUGACUCACCACAAAGCGACGAGAAAAGGAAAAUGUGGCGGUAAUAGCGAUUCUUGCAUUGCACUGGAGGGACGAAGCUGGAAAUGACGGCUUUCGAGCCGCAAUCAAGACCUGAGGAAUGAACAAAGAGCCUCAAGAACUGCAAGGACAAUAUGAGCAUUCAUAGUCGAAGGUCAUAAUCAAGUGUAGCCAUUACUGGAAGAAGAAAAUAUCUGGCAGCGUACAGGAUGAUUCUGCUGACUUGAUCUGAAUCUGCGAUUCUUCCAGAAUCAGCUAUGGAUAACAAGGCGAAAACACGCUCUGGGUCUGGACUCAUUCUGGACUAAUUUCAAAUGAACUGGCAGAUGCUUGACAGCCCUGCUAUGGAAUAUUUUUGGACUUUUUUGGUGUCAACUGACUUGAUUUCUUUAUUGUCUCUUCAGUUUUGUCUUGCACUAAACAAAGUAAGUUUUUGAGUCCAGACAGUGAAUGAAGAUCCUCAUUUAGCAUGCACUGAAUUUCCGUGUUGUUGUAUUUUAGCAUAAUCUGUUUGUCGUAAAUGCAUCAGGGUGUCAUAUCAUGGACAUAUGUACAAUGUUAAGCUUUCCGUAGACUUCUAAUCAGCAUGUUCUGCAAGCUCUAGAAAAGAUGAAUUUAACCAAUCCCUGUUGGUGAAAAUCAAACAAAGCAGAAAAACAAGGGCUACAAGGACGGUGCUCAGGUGCUGCUCCUAUAGCAUACUAAAAUUUGCUUAAUUUGAGCAUUUGCACCUGCUUCCUGGCUCUUCUCAGCUGUGUCCGCGCUCCAUCUCUCAGGAUGAGCCAGAAGUCAGACUCGGAGACUGAGGGCUCCCAGGCGCCGGUGAUUUAUACUGUGGAGGAGCUGGAGUGCAAGAUCUGCUACAAUCGCUUUGACACCCGAGCCCGCAAGCCCAAGGUGUUGAGCUGCUUGCACCGCGUCUGUGCCAAAUGCCUCAAGAAGAUGGUGGAGCUGGACUCGUCUCCGAGCAUCAUCAGCUGCCCCUUCUGUCGGCACGAAACUCACGUCCCCGACGAGGAGAUCUGGUUGCUUCAAGAUGACAGCAACAUUCUGGCUAUCCUGACUUAUCAGGAUCGGGCACGGAAGACCGGCACCACACCCAGCGGCGAGGUCCUUUUAACGCCCAACAGCCUGAGUGGAGGCGAGCAAGCCCACAGCUCCUCCGAUUGCCUCGUCAUCACAAUCAUGGAAGUCCCUGGAGAGUCACAGUCCUCUGACUCUAUGAGCAUGUUGAAUAUGGUACGCUUGUACCGGCCAGCCAGCUUGGACUCCUUGCCUUGCCACCUCCCCGUGCAGAAGUGCCGGGCUUGGACGUCUCGUUCGGUUCCUCGCUUUCUGAUGGGUUUCCUCUGCCUGGUCUAUUUUAGCUCGCUGCCACUUGGAAUCUACUUGCUGAUGAUUCAGCAGCUCACGAUGGGGGUGAUCUUGGUUAGCCUAGUGCCCUCCACCCUGGUCCUUUGCGUGUUCUACGGCUUCUGCCAAUGUCUGUGCCAUGAGAUCAUGGAGGCCAUCGCCACAUAACAUCCCUUGCUGAUCUUUGGACUAGCGAGACCUGUAAACAAACAAAAGCCAAAUGACUGAUGCAUAUCUGCUAUUCCCAGACAUCCCGUUUUUUUUCCGCCGCACCAGAUUAUACCAGCAUCUACCAGUGAACUUCUUGUAACUCACCUCACGUUGUACGCAGGGCCAACUAUACUUGACUUUGAUGCAAGCUGGAGGUAUUGAUUUGGGACUGCAUCAGAUCGCUGUGGUUUUGUAUUGUGUCUAGCUCACCUGAUGGGUCUUCAACAACUGUGAUAUAAAUAACACGCAACAGAGAAUGAAGUCCUUCCACACUUUAAUAUGGAAAACCACAGGAUGUGUUCGACAAUACUCUAGAUGAAUUUCUUCGUUUUCUGUUAUCUUAUGAAUAUCUGUGGUAUAAUUUCAAUCACUGUCUCAAUGUUCUCGUUGAA